GGGGGUGGGACACAUACACACGCAGCGGAGAAGCAGACGCACAGAGAUGCAAAUAGUAAAGAAGAAGAAGAAGAAGAAGAAGAAGUGAGGAGCGAACUUUACUCUGUUGCUUCCAUUCAUAGUUUUGGGUCCACUUCGACGCGCAUGGAUUUUGCGCAACCACUUCGGCCCACCUCCCACAAAGUGUUCGCGCGGCCGGAGGGACACGGGAGCUGGCAGACGUCUGCGUGACAAGCAGGCGGAUCGUGACCCCCAGUGGGAAGCGAAAGACGAACCAAAUGAGCGCCACCAUCUCCCACCAACGCCAAGACGCCUGCGCGCAAAGUCUGAACAUGACCGCUUUGUUUUGCGUGGACUCAUCCGCGCAUUCUACGGGGAAAUAGUUUUGGAUUACUUUAUUUUUUUUUGAAUGUGGGUGCGUGUGUGUGUUUGAGAGAGGAGAGAGUCACGAUGCGCGGAACCCUGAUGGGCGCACUGAUCCAGUCCUGCCUGCUUCUCUUGGUUAAAAGUGAGCAGUGGACGAUCAGGUCGGACUCCAGCAACUGUGAGCUCAACAAGAAACAAACAGACUUGAACUCCUUCCUGUGGACAAUCAAGCGGGACCCUCCUUCGUAUUUCUAUGGUACAAUCCACGUUCCCUACACUCGCGUUUGGGACUUCAUCCCCGAGAACUCCAAGCAGGCCUUCCAGGAGAGCAACAUCGUCUACUUCGAGCUGGACUUGACCGAUCCUUACACCAUCUCGGCUUUGACCAGCUGCCAGCUGCUGCCUCACGGCGAGAACCUGCAGGACGUUCUACCCAGAGACAUCUAUCGCAGGCUCAAGCGGCACCUGGAGUACGUGAAGCUCAUGAUGCCCUCGUGGAUGACGCCGGAUCAGAGAGGAAAGGGACUUUACGCGGACUACCUCUUCAACGCCAUCGCCGGGAACUGGGAAAGGAAGCGUCCGGUUUGGGUCAUGUUGAUGGUGAACUCGCUGACCGAGGCCGACAUUAAGACGAGGGGGGUGCCGGUGCUGGACCUGUACCUGGCCCAGGAGGCGGAGAGGAUGAGGAAGAGGACGGGAGCGGUGGAGAAGGUGGAGGAACAGUGUCAUCCACUCAAUGGACUCAAUUUCUCACAGGUGAUCUUUGCCCUCAACCAGACUUUAUUACAGCAAGAAUCCUUACGAGCAGGAAGCCUUCAGGUCCCGUACACGACGGAAGACCUCAUCCGGCACUACAACUGUGGUGACCUCAACUCCAUCAUCUUCAACCAUGACACAUCACAGGUCCCAAACUUCAAUAAUGUAACUCUGCCACCCAGUGAGCAGGUGACCGCCCAGGAAAUAGACACCUACUUCCGACAGGAACUCAUCUACAAGAGGAACGAGCGAAUGGGCCAACGGGUCAAGGCCCUACUGGACGGGCACCCAGAAAAGAGCUUCUUCUUUGCCUUUGGAGCAGGUCACUUCCUGGGCAACAAUACAGUAAUUGAUGUGCUUCGUCGUCAAGGAUACGAGGUAGAGCACACCCCUGCUGGGCAGCCCAUUAACAGGAGAUCAUCUUCCAGACUAACUGAGUCUGGGGACCAACAAGAAGAGACCCCUCUCCUGGAGCCUUUCUUCCACGAACUCCCAGACAGGGAUGAGGAUGACGGCCAUCCCCUGGAGGAUGACAGGUUGACCCACAUGCUCCUGCCUUCGGACAGCCUAGAGCUGCUGGAGAAAGCGGAGAAGAAAAUGCUGAAGAAGAGGAGGAGGAACAAGCAAAAGAAACAGCGGCACAGGCAUUUUAACGAUCUCUGGGUCCGCAUAGAAGAGAGUGCCGUGCCCCAGUCUCCGCCUCCCCCGGUGGUUCGCAUCAUCAACGGUUACAUCACAGUGAAGCCUCCCAGCAGAGUCUUCAACCACUACAACUAUUAUAACCUACCAUCUGCCUCGUCGUUAUCCUCAUCCUCACUCGUCCUCCUGUGUGUGUCGCUGAUUGCCGUCCAUCAGACAUGGACUAUGUUGCUCCAGUAGAGUAUUUGUUGUACACACGGACUCCUUUAGUAGAAGUACAUGGAGCGAAGCAUCUCUCUGACAAACUGGGGGUAUGGACAUGUACGUGUGUGUGUGUGUGUGUGUGUGUGUGUGUGUGUGUGUGUGUGUGUGUGUGUGUGUGUGUGUGUGUGUGUGUGUGUGUGUGUGUGUGUGUGUGUGUGUGUGUGUGUGUGUGUUUUAUCUAUCAGCUCUUAAGCCUCCUGGCCUUACCACCCGCAGUGUUUUCAGACUUGUAUUUAUUCUUCCUUAUUAGAAGAAUUAUUGUGUUUACUGCUACAGAAUAGCCUACCACAUCAGGGGACAUUUGUAUAUAUUGUUUAAAUACUAUAGAUGUAUUUUUAGUACGAUCAAAAAUAAAAUAUAUCACAUGUUGCCAUUCGUGACUAUACAAACAGAUUAAAAAUAAAUCAGCAAUUAGCCACAAUUUUCUGAAGUGUCACUUAAAUGCUAUUUUCUUGGAACAGACACGUGAUAUUGUACUUUUGUGUGUCUCACUUGCUUGGUUGUUAUUGUGGUUUUCUUUUCAAUAUAAUUGUUUAAUUUAUUUAACUGCAUUACUUUUCCUUUAAAGGGGCACUGAACUUUGUUGGGAAUUUUGCCUAUAGUUCACAAUAAUUAUGAAAGACAUGACAAAGGAUGUUUGUUUUUUGUUUUUUUUAAUACAUUCUAAAUAUUAAAUAAAUGCGAUCAAAAGUCCGCUUACAAUGGAGCCUAUGAGAGCCGCUCUAUUCUGCCUAUAAAGCCCUUAAAAACAUCCAAACACCUCUAAUAAGGUUGCAUAUUCAUGAUAUAAAUAAAAAUGUUAUUGUGGAGGGAAAGUGUGAUCAGCGCGCCGAGAGGAGCAAAGGUCACCGCCUCUGUCGAUGGUGUUGAGGGCGGAGCACCAUCGGAUUGGGGCGGGGCAUGUGCUGACGGUGAGACACAGCUGGCAGGUGAUUAGAUUUCACUGGUGGUACGUGGUAAUCUAAUCAUCUGUUGUCUUUAACAGUGAGCAGCCGGGAGCGGAGAGAGAGAGAGGAUACGGACGCGACUGAAAGGUCACGUUCUGCGAACCAAAAAGACUUUGAUAAAAACAUAUGUGCAUUAAAACUUUGUUAAAACGGCCCUGUGAAGUGUCUGUCAGUGGGACCGCUAUGAAGCGACUUCACAGUUAUGUAGUAACAGGCACAUUUAUAAUAACAUUUAAAUAUAAUAAUAAUAAUAAUAAUACCUGCGAUUUAUAUAGCGCUUUUCUAAGUACCCAAAGUCGCUUUACAUGUUAAAAACCCAUCAUUCAUUCACACCUGGUGGUGGUAAGCUACUUUUUGUAGCCACAGCUGCCCUGGGGAAGACUGACGGAAGAGUGGCUGCCAAUUUGCGCCUACAGCCCCUCCGACCACCACCUAUCAUUCAUUCAACAUUCAUUCACCGGUGUGAGCGGCACCGGGGGCAAGGGUGAAGUGUCCUGCCCAAGGACACAACGACAUGGUAAGAGGCGGGGAGCGAACCUGCAACCCCCAGGUUUCUGACACGGGCGCUCUACCCACUACGCCAUGCCGCCCAAAAUAUUUACGUACCUUGAUCAUUUUAAGCAUACGCGGCACACUUUUCCCCCCACAAUAUCACUGAUUAUUACUUACUGCAGGCUUCAUGAGAGCCAACAAACAUAAUAAAACAUCACUUACUGUACACGGUCUGCUGUCGUUAGGAUGCAGACUGCUAGCAUCGUCAUAUAUUCCCAUUUAGAUGAAGAAAAAGGGAGUGGAAACAAGCGUCUUUUCGUGUCGUUCUCGCCAUAUCCGGGUUUAAAUUGGCUGUCAAAGUAUACCAACUUGUCGGGAUACGUCCUCAACCUUCUACUAUCCAUGAUUUAUGAUCUACGAUAAAGUUUGACGGGUACGGAAAUGAAACGAAACAUCAGUCGAUCAUGUCAACAUUGGCACGGAAGCUUGUGAUCACGGCACCACUAUAAAUACUUGGUCUGCGUUAGCGCUUAUAAUAACAAUAUCACUAAUACUUGGUUAAUGUUCAAUAGAGUAUUGUUGCCGCUUUUUGGAUGGUUAUUUAUUGGGUUUUAUGGGCUGAAUAGAGGACCUCCAAUUGGCUCCGCUGUAAGCUGACUUUUAUUUACGUUGAUUUACGAGUUAAGAGUACAUUUCAUAAUGAUUGUGAACGAUAGGCAAAAUUCCCCAAAAAUUCAGUGCUCCUUCUGGUUGGCUAACUCAGUUUUUCAUUAAACAUUUUGUCAUACACUCAACGCAAAUCCAGUGAAAAGAAUGCAUCUCCAAUUUUUAUUUUUAUUUUUUAAAUAUAUAAACAUAAUAGAUACAUGCUUUUGAUUGGACAGUGAACAUAUAUCAUUAAUUCUAUGUUUCAAAGGCUUUCACAUGUCACUUAGAUUAUAAGAUUGUUUAGUAUUACCAUGGCAACAAUAAAAUAUUUAUCUAGGUUGGCUGUGUUUAUUCUUUGCAUGCCACCACCUUGUCGUGACCCGAGUUCAUGCCCGUGUUUACGUGAGGUUAAUGUGCUGUGAUAAGGCAGCUUUUAAUACGCCGUGUGAUGUGUGCACGUCGGUCGGCCACGAACAAGUCCAGCGUGUCCAUCUUGCAGGAAACAAACAGGAAACCCAAGCUGUUGUUAUACGGGCAGGAAAUGAGCGUCAAUUGGUUUGUUACAUCAACAGGAAAAGAAAGCCAAUUUUUAGUUUGCACUUUGAUUUCGCAACGGAUUCUUUUGGUUUUCAAACUGCUCAAAUUCUUCAAGGAUUAUUGUUCUAUGUCUGCACAAGUCUUACUGUUUUGGACAACGUGGCUGUAAUUUUUUUA